CCUGUUCGGGAGGGGUGAGUUCCCGACUACGAGCUUCAUUCACACAGAGCAUGGUGCUAUUAGUUGUGGGUGUAUGUGUGUCGGGCUGUGUCCGUGGAUUAGUAGAAAAAUACACGUGGGAACAUGUGUUCGUAAAGUCCCGGAUCACAUUCUCGCUGCGCGCGACUCUAGCGGGAUUACCGCUGCAGUAGCUUCACGAGCGAAGAAAAGGACUUCCGUCUGAAACUAGCUACACACAGGCCAUGGCACUGUGUGGAGUCAAAGGACCACGUUUCCUGGGACCCAAUGUGUACCCGGAGGCCCCUGAUGGAGGCUGGGGGUGGGUGGUGGCUGUAGCCUUCUUCUUGGUGGAGGUUUGCACCUACGGCAUCAUCAAGAGCUUUGGCAUCUUCCUCCAGGACCUGAUGGAAGAGUUUGGAGAGACUAACAACCGUGUGUCCUGGAUUGUUUCAAUCUGCGUGUUCGUCAUGACUUUUAAUGCUCCACUCUCUGCUGUUAUGACAAACCGCUUUGGGUUUCAGCUGGUUGUUAUGCUGGGAGGGUUACUUAUUUCCACUGGUACGAUUGCCACUAGCUUCACCAGCUCCAUCAAUCAAAUGUACAUCACUUAUGGAUUAAUUGCUGGCAUUGGCUACUGCCUGACCUUCCUUCCCACACUGACCAUGCUUUCCCAGUAUUUUAACCAGCGACGCUCCCUGGUCACUGGUGUGGCUUCAACUGGAGAGUCACUGUCAAUGUUUGCUCUGGCACCAGCCUUUUCUGCACUGAGGGACCGUAUUGGCUGGCGACGAACCAUGGCAGUGAUAGGAGCCAUGCAAAGCAUCCUCAUCAUCUGCGGUGCUCUUCUUCGUCCCAUUAUUAUCAAACCUAAAUCGACCUACAAAGGAGAGACUGAUGCCUCAUCCCCAAAAGAACUGGAAGCCCUCAGUGCACAGGAGAAGACAGAGGGUACAAACCCAGACGAUACCUCAAAUGCACAAAUGAACUCUUAUAGUCAGGAGAAUGAGCUGACGACAGGCUCUGUGAGCACCGGGGACUCUGGUGUCCAGUCAUUAAAAGACACAGAAGGCAGCAAUCCAGAGGAGAAGAUUUUACUGCAAAAAGAAGCAGCAGCAUCAGAAAACAGUGUAAGAGAGAGAGAAUUAGAAGAGGAAAACAGCAAAGAUGCAGAGAAAGAAGUGUCAGGAGAGGAAAAGAAACAAGGUGAAAAGUUAAUAACAAAGAAAACAAAACUUCUGGAUUUCUCCAUCCUUAAAGAGUGCAGUUUUAUUCUUUAUUCUCUGUUUGGAUUGUUCGUCACACUUGGCUUCUUCGCCCCUCAACUCUACAUCAUUGAGCUGAGUGUGAGCCGAGGAGUGGAGCGGGAACGAGCUGCCUAUAUGCUGUCAAUCAUGGCUGUGGCGGAAAUCUUUGGCCGAUUCUCCAUCGGGUGGAUCUUGUCGAGGAAUCAGCUUAGGACAAAGAAGCUGCUCGUGCUACUGGUGUGUGUUAUCUUAAUGGCUACAGAUCUGGUGGGAUUUACUUUGGUAACAGAGUUUUAUGGUCUGGCUGUGUGCUGCGCCGUGUACGGGUUCUUUAUGGGAACUCUGGCGUGCACACACAUCCCCAUGCUGGCCGAGGAUGAUGUGGUGGGCAUAGAGAGGAUGUCUUCAGCUGCUGGAGUUUAUGUGUUUAUACAAAGCUUUGCUGGGCUGGCUGGACCCCCACUUGGAGGUGUGCUGGUGGACGUGACUCAAAACUACGGAUCAGCCUUCUACUCCUGUGCUGCCGGCAUAGCUAUAAGCGCCGUGUUCCUUGGUUUGGUUAGACCUGCUAAAAGAGGAUUACUCUGCAGGAGGAGAAACUCCAAACAGUCUGAUAUCAAACAAGAAACAAAAAAGGACUCAGAGGAGAAGGGUGCUGCACGGAAACCCGACAAAAGAACUGACAGUGCCGAGGACUGCACUGAAAUAGACAACAUCUCCAUGCAUGACCAGGAGGAGGCGACAAAAGAUGACCAGGAGGUUAUAAGCUUUGCUUGAGAUCAUACUGUUGUUGAAUGGGUUUGAAGGAGCAAGCCACUCAUCAGUGGAAGGAAAAAAAAAACUUUUGGCAAGUGCUGAAGUGGCAUCAAUACAAAGAAAAGACCAAUAUAAAUGUUACAACUGUAAUGCAGAGCAAAACUGGCAAUCUUUAGGUCACAAUUUGUACUAAACAGUGUUUUUCUAGAGGUGUUCCUGUUAUUAAUUUAAUUUUCUUUGAGUACUUUUUAUAUAGUCUAGCAUUCAGGGACAAUAGUGUGAGAUAUAGCUGUGUAAGGGUGAUAAUGGACCACAAUUGAUCCAGUGUUUUUUGACAACUUUAGCUAUUACAUUUUACAACACUGAU